AUGACCAUCACAGAAGAGCAGCAGGGCGCCGUGGCUACUAUUCUUUACGAACUGUACUCUCAUUCGGAAGCUCAUGCGCCCAUUACUUCCGCAGAGCUGUUAGCAUCCGUCAUUGCUCAUGGACUUGCCAAGGCGCCGGACUCUCGCCCCGUACUCCGUCUUACCGAUGGCGUUCGCUUUGAACGUAUACUGGAGGCUUUGUCUAAGCACUGGGAAUACGGUACUAUUGCACUAGCGCGCGACGCGACUGGACUCACUGUCGUGGACGUGCACCUCGGUGCGGGCAGCCCGUACCCUGUGCAUCGCACCCUUGGGAAGCGCAAACGGGUCAAGGACGAGGAGGCAGACUCGGCUGCUGGUAGUGGAGAUGAAGGAGAUGAGACACCCGACGAGAUAUUGUCCCCAAGUACGACUCUGGGGGCUUUAAGCAAGGAGCUGAGAGAAGUAUACGCUAUCCUCCAAAGUAGCACCGCCAAGGGGAAGAUACUCGCCGAACAGUUUCGUUCUACUAGCGGAGCGUUUGAGCCUAUCUGCUCACACAUCCAGAAAGACGACUGCAUGAAGGCGAGAGCCGCACAGACUCCCCCGCAGUCCGGCGUCUGCAGUCGCGUGCAUUUUCGCCCUUUGAUUCGACCCCAUACGGACAUAUCCCUCGGACACUGUUCGUACCUGAAUACCUGCUACUCUGAGCCUACAUAUGCGCAAUCGCCAUCCAUCCCUCCUCUACCCUCAGCACAAAACCAUAUGAAUAAUCAGUUCAACAAGCCUCAGCUUCCAUCCGGACUUGGUGCCGGUGGAAGAGGAAAGGAAAAGGCGCCAUGUCGGUACCUUCAUUAUGAGAUCGACUUCGACCCUGGGGACGCUGGUGCGGAGGUGAAGAAAGACGAGAAGCUGGGAAAGAAGCCUUACCGUUUACCGAUAGGCCUUGGUCCAACAGGCAAGAUUGGGGAACUCAUGCCGGCCCAGUGGAUCAACUGCGACGUACGCCGCUUCGAUUACUCAGUUCUAGGAAAGUUCCACGUUAUCAUGGCCGACCCGCCUUGGGAUAUCCAUAUGAGCCUCCCGUAUGGUACAAUGACGGACGACGAAAUGCGAGCGAUGCCCAUCCCAAUGUUGCAAGAUGAAGGUCUGCUCUUUCUCUGGGUUACGGGCCGUGCGAUGGAGGUUGGGCGAGAGUGCAUGCGCCAUUGGGGGUACACGCGUGUCGACGAAGUUGUGUGGGUGAAGACAAACCAACUACAACGUGUAAUCCGGACUGGUCGUACAGGGCAUUGGCUGAAUCAUACCAAAGAGCACAUGCUGGUCGGCGUCAAGACCAAUCUCGACAAGGAUGGCCAGCUUAAUUUCCCGUCUUGGGUUAACCGAGGGCUGGACACCGAUGUUAUCGUUUCCGAAGUGCGCGAGACGAGUCGUAAACCGGACGAGGCUUAUGGUCUCAUCGAACGUAUGUGCCCGGGAGGACGUAAGAUAGAGAUAUUUGGUCGCAAGCAUAAUACUCGCCCCGGCUGGCUCACACUGGGUAAUCAGCUUGGCUAUGACCAGAUUUUCGAGGAAGAUUUAGCCGAACGGGUGGCCGCCCGGUAUCCUGAACGCGCAGGACCAGCGCAAAUGCCCAUACAGGCUAUGCAGCCAAUGCCUCAAAUGCCGCGUAUGCAGCCUCUCGGCCAGCCUAUGAACCAGAUGAACCAGAUGCAGGGAAUGCCGCAGAUGCACACCAUGAUGCAGAUGGCACAACAUCUCCCGCAGAUGCCUCAGCAGCCCUUCUUCCGAGGUUGA